CUCCCAGCUCCAAAAUGCACAACACACUCAAGAGCAGAGAUUAAAACCAGUCACUGCAUGAAAAAGAGGAGUAUUAACAACAAAAUGUGGUUUUCUCUGACUGUGCUCCUCCUGGCUGCACUGGCCUCUCUGGCAGACGUGUCUCAUGCUGAGGAAAGGAUUGAACGCUCGUUGUCAGCCUCCAGAUUGGCAUCACUCCGUUCCAGGCGAAUGGUUGGGGGAACUCUGGCCCCUCAUGUCCCCUGGCAGGUCAUGGUGUACCUUGCUGACAGCGUGCUCGACGGAGGCUAUGCAGGUGGUGCUCUCAUCUCUGAUCGAUGGGUUUUGACGGCUGGCAGGAACCUGUUUGUCAGGAAGAGUCGAGAGGACAUUCAGGGAAAAGAUCCCAUAAUCCCCAAAGUGUACGUGGGAAUCUCAGAACGGGAAGAAGCUGGUGCCUCUAAAGAGGUCGCAGUAGAGAAGGUUGUUCUCCAUCCAGGCUUCCAGAAUCACUCUGACUGGGACAACGACCUGGCUUUGAUCCAGCUGAAGGAGCCUGUGGUUAUGAGCGAUAAAGUGACCCCCAUCCCCCUGCCGGAGAGAGGACAUGACCUGAACAACACCGUGGGAGGGUCAGGGGUCAUCACCGGCUGGGGCUGGGGGAUCCACCUCACCCCUGCUAGGUCACUGAAAUACCUCAAACUGCCGCUAGCUGAUCAUUCUCACUGUAAAGCAGAAUAUGGAAGUGUAUCUUUCACUCCAGAUGUAGACGACAACAUGUUCUGCACAGCGGCUACUAACUUUGGGGAAAAUGUUUGUUUUGGGGAUGCAGGGGGCGCUCUGGCUGUCAAUGACACAGAAACUGGGGCCAUUUACGCUGCAGGGAUCCUUUCCUAUGACAAACCCUGCAGUAGAUACAAGUACGGAGUCUAUAUGAAGAUUUCCUCGUACUUACCCUGGAUUCACAGUGUUAUCAGGGGAGACACAGAGAAAUCGUCUGCUCUGCGCGCUGAUGCAAUGUCCAAAAUGUACAAAUGGCAGCCGUAGAGCUUCAGGCUUUGUUCUUUUGAAUUUUGUAAUGAAAAUAAUUGUGAAAUUUAAAACUGUGAAUUGUAUUAAAUAGACCAUUCAUAACGUAA